CGCGGGGCACACCUGAAUUAGCCAGCCCUCCGCCGUGUCAUUUCUCCUUAUACGGCAACAUCAAACGGACUCAUCUGCCUCGUGGCCCGCCUUUCCAACGUCUCCGUUACCAUGGCAACAAGGCCAUUAUAACAGCACCGCCAAACACCUGCAGAGCCCCACAGAAAAGGUGUAACAAUAGCACGAAACGCCUGGAGGGGCAGAGGGUUAACUAACUGGUUUGCAGGCAUGCCAGGCAUGGCAAUUACAGGUGACGUAGGAGCAAGUGGAGACAAUAGCAACUGAAGGUGGGAAACCUGAGAGGAGACCCACUUCCGGAAGUAUCUAGGCUAAAACGUCAAAACGACAUCUUCAAAUGUAUCCUGUGGGCUUGGUAAAUUCUCUGUAAAAGAAGAGGAAACAACGUCAGCGACUGACGUAUCCUGUCGGUAGAUUUUGACAGCUGGAGAGGUAUUUAAAUAGUGUGAUAGGGCAGACGACUGACCAGUCUUCACAGGCCGCUGCUAAAGCCGAGACCACACACACCAUGCGUCCCCAGAGUGUCUGGAAUGUCCUGUUAGCUGUUGGAUACUGGUGCCUUAUUCAAGUGGCCAAGGCACAGAUUCAAACAGAAGAAGAGAGGUUGGACAGUUCAACAGCGCCGACAUCCCUAGGACUCAUGAGGACAAAAAUGCCAGAAGACCGGUACACUACUACUCAGCUGCCAUGUCCUUCUAGACGAUACGAUGGAUUCUGUUUGAAUGGUGGUGUGUGCCUUACCGUACAGGUUGGACAUAAUCAUCGAGAGCCAAGAUGUGAGUGUCCAAUAGAUUACAUUGGUCGUCGCUGUGAAAGAAGUAACCCACUCUAUCUGGAAACCCAAAGCGGUAAGCCAGAAGAUAAGAACUAUGUGAUUGCUGGAGCUGUGUGUGGCGGCAUCAUUAUACUUGCCUUGGUGGGGAUCAUCUGUAUCCUUGUGAGGAAAAGACAAAGCCAGGAGCACAACUCCGAGUCCCUUGUGACUAGAGAGGCCCUAGUCUAACCCAGCUUCCCUCUGCUUCCUUGCAGUUGGAAAAGGGAACGCCAAGCCAGACAAAACUCCAGAGACCCAGAGAAGAACAGACCAGAAAAUGGCCACUUAACUGAAGGUGACAACUGACAACAUCAGAAUCAAGAGACUUGUACUCUCAAGAAGCAGAACUCUUAUAGUUCUGAAGCAUAUAAUCUUGUACAAUCCUGAGUUGUUUCUCCCAUCUUUUAUAUAUAAAGAUACUAUCUGGGCCAGUAUUGAUAACAUGUUGUACAAGGCAGUAUGCAUGCAGAAACUGAAGGCUAGCCUGAGAGCAGAAACAGGUACAAUGUACAUCAGGUGUAUGUAGGGAUUUGGGUUGGGUUGGGUGGGGUUGGGUUGGAUCCAGCAGGAACUGAAUAAUAUAUGUAUAGACUUAGAUGUCUACUAUUAGUAAGUGCAUUUGUAGACAAUCUCUCCAAACUCCUUUACAGUAUGUACGUUAAAGAGGCAUCACAAAUGCAUUUCAAGAGGCAGCACUAAGUUCUUCUGAAGGAUUCUAGUAUGUUGAGAGCACUUUUUUUUAGACAGCACCUUUAACACACAGACUUUAUUACAUAACACUGUAACGUUAGUUCACCUUUAUCCGCGGGGUAGCCUAUAUCCAUUGUUUUUCAAAACAGGGUAUUUAGGCACAUGAAGUUGACGGGUGGUAGUCUUAAACUGCAAUGUACAGAAAAUAUUGCAAUUUUAAACCAACGUCCCUCAACGUGAUAUCCCCAAAUACCCGGUUUUUAAAAGCAACGGAUAUAGGUUACCCAACGGAUAAAGGUGAACUAACGUUACUACAACCUGUGUGAAUAUGAAGACUGUCAAAACUAGAAAUCCUGCUAUAGGCGCUGAUCGAAGAAUGCAGCACACAACACCAUUUGUACAAAGCAGACUGGAGAAUAUCAUUAUCAUCAUGAUCGUAAACAAACGUAGCAAGUAUAGGUAAAAAGGCUUUCAAAAAAAAAUUGUUAGAAUUCAUGCUUAUUAUUAAUAAGCUAAAGGUUAGAAACAAUUUUGUAGAAGAAUGUUGUUUGCAUGCAUGUCAGAUUAAAAACAAAAUUCAGCACUGUAAACAUUAUGUACAAGUCAACCCAGUACAUCUUUUCACGACAUUGGGUUUGACAAGCAACUUUGUGACAAAGUCGCCAGUAAAUUAUGUAAUAUAAGUACAUAAUUUCAAUGUGGGAUGGAUGGAUGUAUUAUUACUGAGUAAAUACAAUUAAAGAAAAAAUUGAUACCUGAA